GGCUUGGGCGAGACCAGGACAAAGAAAGCAAGCCCUGGGUGGCUACGGGAGCUAGAAGGAUUGAAUGGCCGAAACAGAGAAGUGGAAUUAACCCUACUGCCACAGUAAACACAGGUGUACAGGAACCAUUUACCAUGGAAGCCAGGGAGAUUGGGAUUCCCACACCUACCUAUCAUCUACUCCCCAAGGCCAACCAGCACACAGUAAAAGAAGAUGCCAGCUCACCAUCUCAAGGGUCUCCAGAAACUAUGCAGCUGAAGAAGGAGAUCUCCUUGCUGAACGGGGUCAGCCUGGUGGUGGGCAACAUGAUUGGCUCAGGGAUCUUUGUUUCACCCAAAGGUGUUCUCAAAUAUACUGCUUCCUAUGGGUUGUCACUAGUUGUGUGGGCCAUUGGUGGGCUCUUCUCUGUUGUGGGUGCCCUUUGUUAUGCAGAACUGGGAACCACUAUCACCAAGUCAGGGGCCAGCUAUGCUUAUAUUCUAGAGGCCUUUGGGGGCUUCAUUGCCUUUAUCCGUCUGUGGGUCUCACUUUUAAUUGUUGAGCCCACCAGUCAGGCCAUCAUCGCCAUCACCUUCGCCAACUAUAUCAUCAAGCCCUCCUUCCCCACCUGUGAUCCUCCAUAUGCGGCCUGCCGUCUCCUUGCUGCCGCCUGCAUAUGUCUGCUGACAUUUGUGAACUGUGCCUAUGUCAAGUGGGGCACACGAGUACAAGACACAUUCACGUAUGCCAAGGUCCUGGCACUCAUUGCCAUCAUUGUCAUGGGCCUUGUUAAACUGUGCCAGGGACACACUGAGCACUUUCAGGAUGCCUUUGAGGGUUCCUUGUGGGAUGUGGGAAACCUCUCUCUUGCCCUCUACUCUGCCCUCUUCUCUUACUCAGGUUGGGACACCCUUAAUUUUGUAACAGAAGAAGUCGAAAACCCAGAAAGAAAUUUGCCCUUGGCCAUUGGGAUUUCUAUGCCAAUUGUGACACUCAUCUACAUUCUGACAAAUGUGGCGUAUUACACAGUGCUGAACAUUCAGGAUGUCCAUAAGAGUGAUGCCGUGGCUGUGACAUUUGCUGACCAGACAUUUGGCAUGUUCAGCUGGACCAUCCCCAUUGCCGUUGCCCUGUCCUGCUUUGGGGGCUUAAAUGCAUCCAUCUUUGCUUCAUCAAGGUUGUUUUUCGUCGGCUCUCGUGAGGGCCACCUCCCGAACCUCCUGUCCAUGAUACAUAUUGAACGCUUUACACCUGUGCCUGCUUUAUUGUUCAAUUGCACCAUGACACUCAUCUACCUCAUCGUGAAAGAUGUUUUCCUGCUCAUCAACUACUUCAGCUUCAGCUAUUGGUUUUUUGUGGGCUUGUCUGUUGUUGGACAGCUCUACCUUCGCUGGAAAGAGCCUGACUGGCCUCGGCCUCUCAAGCUGAGCCUCUUUUUUCCCAUCGUGUUCUGCAUAUGCUCCUUGUUUUUGGUGGCCAUACCCCUCUUCAGUGACACCAUCAAUUCCUUCAUUGGCAUUGGGAUUGCCCUCUCUGGGGUCCCUGUCUACUUCAUGGCUGUUUACCUGCCAGAGUCCCGGAGGCCACUCUUUAUUAGGAAUGUUCUGGCUACUGUCACCAGAGUAACCCAGAAGCUUUGCUUUUGCGUCUUGACUGAGCUAGAUGUAGCUGAAGAGAAAAAUGUUGAGAGGAAAACUGAUUAGAAGCCAGAGAUGACAUUCCCUGAAGCCCAGAGGCUGUGACUACAGCCACCAAAGACCAGUUACCCUACCCUUCUGAAUUAAAGGAGCCUCUUGGCCCGCAUUCUGUAAGGGGGCUCAGGGCUAAUGCUCUCUCAUUGGUAAGCUAUGGGAAGAUACCAAUCAGGCCAGCCUGAAGAUGGGGACUUAAGUGGGAGGGGAGGUUGGGGUAGGGGAUUGAUUUAGUUUUGCUGCUUCUGGCAGAUAGGUGCAACCCUGUUGGUAUGGUACGUUGUAGUGAGCAAAGAGGGUAUGUUAGGUUGACAGCUAUGGCUCACAAUGACGGUUCACAGCUAUUUGCAGUUUAAACCAGGAGUCUUUACAGUGGGGCUCCUUCAUGGGACGUUUUCCUCUGACCAAGUCCAGCUACUUGAUUUUUAGAGGCCUGAAAUGCUGCCAUUUCUUCCUGUGGCUCAAAAUUCUUCCUUAGGGAAAAAUUUCCUUUUUUAUUGUUUGUUUGUUGAGUAGCAUGAACAGCCUGGCUUUUAUUUAACUGACAUGGGAUCAAUGUGUGCCCCCUUUCUUGAAUUCCACAAGAGGAACAUCACUCCCUGCCCUGGAACUUAAUGCUCAAGCUUGAUAGGAAGAAGAGUCUUCAUCUUCAGGGUCUCAGUAUGAAAGUCCUCCUGCUGAGGACUUCUCAUUUGUGGGUCUGAAUGUUGGAAUACCCUUGGGAUCUUAUUGGUGUAGAGUACCCAUCUCCUUGAGGAAGUAGGUACUGCCUGUCUGAUUGACUUUGCUCAGAUUAUAUUAGCACUAUGGUCAAAAUCCUUAAGCAAGGAAGUGAGUUUCUGGCUCAUAAAGAAAUUGUCUUGGCCACUUGAUAGCCUUCUUCCUAGCUGAAGCCAUGGUGCCGUGGAGCCUUUGAAACAAGGGCUGAAAGAAAACCUCAUUACUUUAGCUGAGUGGGAGUAUCUCUGCUACUACCUGACAAGCUGCUCCUAUCACCAAAUUCAAACUCCUGUAUUUCAUUAUUUAUUGAUAUUUAAUCCAGGACACCAAUUGUAGCAAACCAUUAGUGAUUAUCUGUCUACAGGAUGCAAUAAAUUAUUAAAAAAAAAACAAAACUACCUUAGCUGGUGUGGUGGUAGACACCUGUAAUCUGAGCACUUGGCAUGGUGAUGCAGGAGUUUGAAUUUGAGGCUAGCUUUAGGCUAGCUAAUCGUAAGUUCCAGGCAGCCACUCUGGGCUAACAGGAUCCUGUCUUAAAAAAAAACAAAGUCCAAGUACUCAAAACAUUAUCUCCUGGCCCUCAGCGAUGUCUCACUGUGAUAUAGGUCAGAUUCUGACAAUGUUUCUCAUCAUGUGUUGAGCAUUAUCUAUGAAGCUGAAGUUAAAGGAUUUUUAAAGCCGGACAUGGUGGUGAACACCUGUGAUCCUAGCACUCAAUAAGCUGAGGCAGACGAGUUGCUGAAAGUUCAAAGCUAGCCUGGGGUUACACAGUGAGUACCAUGUUAUCUGAGCUUACAUAGUAAGACCCUGUCUCAAGAACAAAAACAAAGGACAUUUUAAAACAUGUACCUGUUAUACUUUAAUAUAUAGAUAAGUCACAUGUUACUGUCAUCUGGCUCAGCUCCAGCAAGGACAGAUGAGCAACUUCAUGAGCCAGAAGUCUGGUAAUAUUGUUAUUUUGAAGGAUAAUCCUUCGUUUUAUUAAGACCUUUGGCCUUUAUUCUAGUUGAUAGAAAGUUAAUCUCUGGAUUUCUGUUAUGAAGUGUCAGAGGCUUGGAAUGUUUUUGGAAUUCAGGUAGAUUACCUGAUCCAUCAGUUGUUAGUGGACUUGGAGAACAUCUCAUGGAUUCAAGUCAUCAAAUAGCUUGUUCUGUUUAAGGGCCUGUGUGAGGUUUGCUGUGUAGACUCAUGCAAGCCCACUCUGGUGCUGGAAGUGUUGUUAACUUUCUGAAAACCACGUCGACAUCAGGCUUUGUUCACACUCUAAACCAUUUUGGGUGGUGGGAUAGUACACCUGUUUGCCUUCUCUUGUCCAAGAGCUGGUGAGAUUGAAAUCUCAGGAAGAACUUGGUACUUGUGCAUCUGUUAUUUUCUCCUUAUGAAGGUCAGUGAAGACUAGGAGAAAACAGCUUCAGCCUCAGUCUGGCUCUUGGAAAAGGGUCAAAACAGCUAAUUUUGGUGAUCAGGCUAGGCUGCCAGUUGAGGCCAAAAUAACGGGCUUGGAUCUUUGUGGGCAGUAUGUCUACAGUGGAUUGCACAACUGUCUUGGGAUGCCCUUAGACAUCGUCAUCUUGGACACAGAAGAACUUGCUGUCUUGGCAUUCCCCACGGACAUUUCAUCUUUAAAUUUUGGAAUUUGUGAAUCAUACAGAUAACUACUGUGAGGCAUUCUCGCCUUCUGAUCCUUUUUAUUUACCAAACUGGUCCUAGUUGCAAAGAAGUAACCUUGGAUAUAUGCUUGCUCAAAUAAAGACUUAGGGGAGUGUGA